AUUAUCGCCAUGAUGGCGCCAAAUGACCAUCUCCAAAUUUCUUUUAAUAAUUUAGUUAAUAUUGCGAUUAUCAAUUUGGAAUUUGUAUAGCUACAUUCAGGAAUAUUUAUGGCAGCAUCAGAACGGAACGCCCAGUAAAAAAAUGGCAAACAAAGGCAGUAAGAAAAGAAGGUUAAGCACCGAUGAUGAUGAAGAAGACUAUAUACCAUCCAAAAAAACACCAGUUAGUAAACAUGGCCCAAAUGGUUUACGUAGUCCAUCAUUCAGUUUUACUCCCCACAACAAACCAGCUGAGCUGUACCGUAAAGAUCUGAUUAGUGCUAUGAAACUGGCGGAUUCAGAACAAUUACAGAAUGAUGAUUAUUUAUUGAUAGCUGAUACAUGGAGACAAGAUUGGGAGAAAGGUGUACAAGUUCCUGUUAAUGAUCUGGCUAUAUUAAAUGAACCUAAAGUCAAAGAAAUAAGAGAAAAAUGCAAAAAUGGUGAUUUUAAAAUACCUAGAAAAUUUCUACAUGCUGUACAAGAUGAGAGCUAUCGUCAGGGAUGUCAUGAAUUGACAGGAAUGAACCAACUUUCAGAAAUGGUAGUACGAUAUGAUUUAGAUGACUUGGAUGUAUGUUGGUUGGAAACUGUUAAUGAUGAACGUGAGGAACUAAGUUUACCAUUAAUACAUGAAUGGACAAUGGAAAGAAUAAUGGAAGAACUAGAAAAUCAGUGCCAUAAGAGUAUGAAUACUAUAAUAAAGAGUGAAGAAGGAUUAGGUAUAGAAUAUGAUGAAGAUGUUGUAUGUGAUGUUUGUCGUUCUCCUGAUAGUGAAGAUGGUAAUGAAAUGGUAUUUUGUGAUAACUGUGAUAUUUGUGUGCAUCAGGCAUGUUAUGGUAUACAGACUAUACCUGAAGGAAGUUAUUUAUGUCGUGCAUGUGCUCUUGGUGUUAAACCUACUUGUUUACUUUGUCCUAAUCUAAAAGGGGCCAUGAAAAGUACCAGGAGUGGUACUAAAUGGGCUCAUGUCAGUUGUUCUCUAUGGAUUCCUGAAGUUAGCAUUGGUUGUGUUGAAAAAAUGGAACCUAUCACAAAAAUUUCUUUAAUUCCAGCUAGUCGUUGGGCUUUAGUUUGUUGUUUAUGUAAAGAAAGAUCUGGAGCUUGUAUACAGUGUUCUGUACGUACUUGUAAAACAGCAUUUCACGUAACUUGUGGUUUUAAUCAUGGUAUGGAUAUGAAGACAAUCUUGGAUCCUGCUGAAAAAGAUGGCGUUAAACUGAGGGCAUUUUGUCCAAAACAUACUCAAAAUGGUGGAGAGUCUGGUUGUGAUUCACCAUCUUCACCCAAAUCUCCUCGAUCACCUCGCUCUCCAAAAUCUCCACGUAAAGAUGGUUCUUCCCCAAGAAAGGACUUGACUAAAGAAGAAAUUGCUAACAUUCGUGCCAAAAAAUUGAAGGAAAUAGAGGAUGAUUUUAGUGGGUUUGUUGAUGUAACAGAAGCAGCUAAUACACUACAAAUUGAUGUUGAUAUUGCUGAUGUGGUCACAGUAUACUGGAAAUUAAAAAGAAGGGCUAACUUCAAUCGGCCAUUAUUAAUGCCAAAAACUGAAGAGGCUGACAGAUUGGAGAAACAACAAGAAGAUAGCUUGGUUGCUCGAAUGAAGAUGUUUGUUCAUUUACGACAAGAUUUAGAACGGGUGAGAAAUCUUUGUUAUAUGGUUAACAGGAGAGAAAAGAUGAAACGGCAGUUUUUGAAAAUUCAAGAAAAAGUGUUUAUGGCAGCUAAUAUUUAUUUGACUGACUCUAAAUUAAAAUUGUCUGGAAAAGAAAUUCAGAAAACAGUGAAGAAAUAUAAAGAUUUUAAUGUGUACCUAGCCCAAAAUAUAAACCCAUUACCUAAUUUGCCACCUACAUUAACGGCUUGUUCUGAUCUUGAAUCUAUGACAACAGAUGAUGAACGCAGUGAACAUAGUGGUCCUAUUUAUUCUAAACGUUUAGCCUUACGAAUACCAUCUGGUCUUGAGAAAUUAGAUACAGAUCCUAUUCCAUCAGUGUCAGUUAAAACCGAGUUUUCUGAUAAUGAUGGAGAUGUAGAAGCUGAUGAACCACCUGUUCUUGAAAUGGAAGAUAUCGGAACCCGUAGACGUGACUUUGCUAAAGGAACGCUCGUUAAGGGUGAUAAUGAUGCAGGUGAAGAUUCAAAAAGUAAAAAGCCAAUGCCUGAUUUAAAACCUGAAUUGAACAGACCUGGUCGUGAUAAUCUAUCAAAAUCCUACAAGAAAACAAAGACUAAAUUUUUACGAUCAAAAGACAAGAAGUCUCCUAUUAAAGAUGAAGAGAUAGUUUUUAAAUCAAGUGUUGUUAUUGAUAAAACAAAAGUAGACAAUAAUACUGCAGUUAUAAGUGCUAAAUCUUUUGAAAAAUCUCUUAAGAAGAAAACAUGCAGUGAAGAAGACUCUAAAGCUAAUAGUGUCGAAGAAGGUAAAGAAUUGAGAAAUAGUAAAACUAAAGAUACUGUGUGUAAAGUGAAAGUAGUCAGUGUAGAUAAUAUAGAAAAAGACAGUGAUUGCCAAAUAUCAAUUAAAGAUAAAAAUACAAAUUCUAAAGAUCAGGUCCCAAAUUCACCUUCUAGAGACAAAAACACAAAUUUAACUUCAGUCGACAAUUCUAAAGAUAAAAACACAAAUUCAACCUCGAAAGAGAAAGUCCCAAAUUCUAAAGAUAAAAACUCAAAUUCAGCUUCUAAAGAUAAAAACACAAAUUCAACUUCUAAAGAUAAAAUCACAAAUUCAACUUCUAAAGAUAAAAUCACAAAUUCAACUUCUAAAGAUAAAAACUCAAAUUCAACUUUUAAAGAUAAAAGUUCCAGUUCUAAAGAUAAAAACACAAAUUCAACUUUAAAAGAUAAAAGUUCAAGUUCUAAAGAUAAGAACACAACUUCUAAAAAUAAAAUCUCAACUCAUAUGUCGAAGAAACAGUCAUUUAAGGUGAAAAAUGAACUGUAUGGUUUAUUAUCCAAACCAAACUUACGCAUAGAUGAAUCUAUCAAAGACAAAGUGCAAAGUAGAAUUCUGAAAACAAGGGGUAAAUUAAAGCGAUUAAAUGGAUUAACAGAUAAGAUGCAGCCAAAGAUUGAAGCUUUCUUUGUACAAAAUGGUUCUAGUGCUAGUACACGAUUACGCUAUAACUCUCGGCAUGGUUUAAAUAACGUAACUCCUGUAAAGAAAGCUUGUGAGGCCGAUACUCACGGUUUGUCUUCGAAACCUAAAGGCAGUUUGAGUGGUUCAAAAACCUCUCUUGGAAGAACAAGACAAAAUAGUCCUUUACAAGUGAAACCUGAUCCCCAUAACCAGAUAGAUGAAGAUUCGCAGCAAAGCUCACCCGAAACACGGAGUUUCCGACGUAGAAUUGAAUCUAAUUAUGAAACUAAUGACAGCGCAAAGAAAAAUUUGUUUAAUCCAAAUACAAUGUGUAAUGUAAUUGCUAGUGAUAAUUAUAGUGCCAUACCCAUGUUAAUAUCUCCAAACUGUUUAUCUCUAAAGAAAAGUUUAAAAAACACGGUGAAUAAUGCUAGAGCGUAUAGAUCUCAAUCUCCUUUAUCUAGUGAUUCUUCACAUAAUGAACAAGAUACAGGAACAUCAACUCCUAGACGUGUUACACGCAGUCGACAAAUAGAUAAUGAUGAGAAUUCAAGGGAAAGUAGUACCACAUCUACCCGUUCUAAUUCUAGAUUAAAACUUAGUAAUACUUUCAUCAAGGCUACAAAUUUUAAUGCAUGAUGUGAUUUAUUAGUAUUAUAUUUCCUAGACAUAUAAAUUAUGGUUAUACAUCUAUAUUUUAGAUAUUUUUCCAUUUAUUUUAAGAAAUACAGCGUAGAAGAUUUUAAAAUCCUGAAAAUUAAUCUUUCCUUUGCAUUGUUAUCGGUGUGAUUAUUGUAUGGAAGUGCUACAAUGUUAUUCAAACAAACAAGCUUAAUUAAUUCAUAACAAAAACAACACAAGGUAUGGACAUAACUACUUCUCUAUUAUUUAAUAACGACGUUUCGUAACACAUACAGGUCACGUUUUCAAGUAUGUGUUACGAAACUUUGUUAUUAAAUAAUAGAGAAGUAGUUAUAUCCAUAUAUACCUUGUGUUGUGUUUCAUUAUGAAUAGUUAAACCCUGCUUCUAGAUGUCAUUUAAAGAAUUGAAGCUUAUUUAAUUCUUAUCCAUUUAUAAAUAUAAAACCUUAACCUUUAAUGUUGAAUUAUAUGGAGCUCAGUGAAUUCAUGUAUUUCAUUACCAGACAAAAACAGUUAUUCCUUAUUCUCUUUAUUUAAUCAUGUGAAUGGUUUUUAACAUUGUAUCUGUGAAGAAUUUUACUAUUUGUUUUGAUUUUAAGCAAUUUGUAAACUAGUUUUUAAUUUACAUAUAUAAUAAUUUAAAGAAGAAUGAUAACUGAAUCUGAUUACAUCUCGAUUCUACUCACACCACAUCACUUAAUGGGACUGAUAGAACUUACUUGGUUCAUGUCACUUAAUUGCAAUUCUGUCUAUUCAGAAUGUUCUGAAUUCACAAUCGGGCAUUUCCCAUUAUUAAAUGUAUUUUAGUUUAUCAUGUGCCCAAGUUUUACCUUGAAAAUCUUGUAUGUAUUUAUUCACCGAUAUUGCUGGUCACUAGUUAUUGCUCAAGUCAGCUUGCAGGAUUUAAGAUAUAUUUCUGUUAUUUCUGAACAAUUUGAGAGUUGAUUGUAUCAUAUCUAUCCAAAUGUUUGAAAUUGGAAUGUAGCUUUACGUCUCCAUACAUUGGAACUUGGUUCAAAAGAAAAGAUACCAAGACUUUGAGAUGCUACUGAAUAAAAAGCAAAACAUACUCCAUGUCAAAAAAAGAUAUAUAUGGAAAUUAAAACUGGAACUGGCUUCAAUUAAAAUUAAAACUGGAACUGGCUUCAAUUAAGCUUUAACAUUCAAUUUUUGUAUUCGGCCGAUUUCCAUUAUCCAAUUUAUUUGUUUACGAUAUACCGGUACAGUAUUUUGAUUUGGACAUUAGUAUAGACCUGUCUGAUUGCUUUGCCUCUGAAUCUUCUGUUUUUGAAGAUUCUAAACCCAUUCAGUUUGUUUCUUAAAGAUUUUCAAAUCAAAAUCCAGAGAUACAUGUACAUGAAUUUGCAAAAAUGAUAUUUUUCACAAAUUAUUAACAAGGGUGAAAACAAAUCCAUAUUUGUAAAAUUUAUAUGUACCUGAAAAGAAAAUCCAUUUUAGAUUCAGAUUUUUGACAAUCACACUUAAGGCCUCUUUUAUCUUGGAUCUGAUAAAGUGCUUAGUUAUCUCAUAUUUCUUGGGUGUAGACUGUAAAUGAAAAUUUUUAUCGAAUUAUAGUUCAAACUGAAUUCUCAAGUAUGCACAUGUUUUAAAUGGGGUAGGUCUAUCUUUGGUAACACUAUGCUAAUGUCUAUAUUAGUAAAUGAUAAAGUGGUUUUUUUUAAAUCAAUGUUGGAAUGGAGAGAACUUAUAAAAAAUGUAUUGGUUGUUAGUGAGAUGUGCAGCAUUUAAUGUGUCAUUGUUAUAGCCAAGUUGUAUAUAGAUUAUUUACAAGUAAGCUAUGAUGUAUUUCUUUAUUGUAAUUAUUAUAUCCACUGCUCAGAUCCAAUAAAAUGGACAGAAAGA